GCUUCCUGAUCUCCAAGUGCUGCUUCCCUGCCUCCAAAGCCAAGGCUGGCAAAGCCAAGAGAGUCAGGACCAUCUUCACCAGUGACCAGCUGGAGAAGGAGUUUGCAAGGCAGCAGUACCUGGUGGGCACGGAGAGGUGCCUGCUGGCCUCCUCCCUGCACCUCACUGAAGGGCAGUCUCCUUGCUAUGACUUUGCCCCCCAGUCUCCUUGCUAUGACUUUGCCCCCCAGUCUCCUUGCUAUGACUUUGCCCCCCAGUCUCCUUGCUAUGACUUUGCCCCCCAGUCUCCUUGCUAUGACUUUGCCCCCCAGUCUCCUUGCUAUGACUUUGCCCCCCAGUCUCCUUGCUAUGACUUUGCCCCCCAGUCUCCUUGCUAUGACUUUGCCCCCCAGUCUCCUUGCUAUGACUUUGCCCCCCAGUCUCCUUGCUAUGACUUUGCCCCCCAGUCUCCUUGCUAUGACUUUGCCCCCCAGUCUCCUUGCUAUGACUUUGCCCCCCAGUCUCCUUGCUAUGACUUUGCCCCCCAGUCUCCUUGCUAUGACUUUGCCCCCCAGUCUCCUUGCUAUGACUUUGCCCCCCAGUCUCCUUGCUAUGACUUUGCCCCCCAGUCUCCUUGCUAUGACUUUGCCCCCCAGUCUCCUUGCUAUGACUUUGCCCCCCAGUCUCCUUGCUAUGACUUUGCCCCCCAGUCUCCUUGCUAUGACUUUGCCCCCCAGUCUCCUUGCUAUGACUUUGCCCCCCAGUCUCCUUGCUAUGACUUUGCCCCCCAGUCUCCUUGCUAUGACUUUGCCCCCCAGUCUCCUUGCUAUGACUUUGCCCCCCAGUCUCCUUGCUAUGACUUUGCCCCCCAGUCUCCUUGCUAUGACUUUGCCCCCCAGUCUCCUUGCUAUGACUUUGCCCCCCAGUCUCCUUGCUAUGACUUUGCCCCCCAGUCUCCUUGCUAUGACUUUGCCCCCCAGUCUCCUUGCUAUGACUUUGCCCCCCAGUCUCCUUGCUAUGACUUUGCCCCCCAGUCUCCUUGCUAUGACUUUGCCCCCCAGUCUCCUUGCUAUGACUUUGCCCCCCAGUCUCCUUGCUAUGACUUUGCCCCCCAGUCUCCUUGCUAUGACUUUGCCCCCCAGUCUCCUUGCUAUGACUUUGCCCCCCAGUCUCCUUGCUAUGACUUUGCCCCCCAGUCUCCUUGCUAUGACUUUGCCCCCCAGUCUCCUUGCUAUGACUUUGCCCCCCAGUCUCCUUGCUAUGACUUUGCCCCCCAGUCUCCUUGCUAUGACUUUGCCCCCCAGUCUCCUUGCUGUCUGGAGUUGUCUCACUAUGUAGGGGCCAACUCGUUGGGCCCUGCUGGGCCUUGGAGGUCUGGAGGGCCCUGCAAGAUGAAGAGGGUCCGCACGGUCUUCAAACCCGAGCAGCUGGAGCGGCUGGAGAAAGAGUUCCUCAAGCAGCAGUACAUGGUGGGCACGGAGAGGGUCGACUUGGCAGCAACCCUGCAUCUCACUGAGACUCAGGUGAAGGUCUGGUUCCAGAACCGGAGGAUCAAAUGGAGGAAGCAGAGCAUGGAGCAGAAGGCAGCAAAGCUGUCCCAGUUUGGGGUGAUCCAACCUGCCAGCGCCGACUCGACGGACAUCAAGGACCACGAGGAGGACCCUGUGGACGUUGAGCUUUGA